AUGGCGGCCGUGGUUUUGAGCUGCGUGGUGGGCGCCUUGGGGGCGACUGGGGACGGAUUCGUGCGGGUCAUCGGGACGCGGUUCGUGGACAAGUACUGCCAGGAGUACGCCUACAGCGGGUUCAACAGCUGGGAGCUAAUGGAAGCUGCAGCAGGAAUACAGUCUGCCCUGCCAUCGGAUCAGAGCCAUUUUGAGGGUCAAAGUCUCGUGCAAUGGGUCUUCGAAACAGCAGCAGAGAACCAGCUCUUUGUUGGGAGGUUUUUUGCCCAUGGGCAUGCUUAUGGAGGACUGCCUCUCCAAACUCAGCCAGGUGUCUACAAUGAGGAGGCACUGAGUGCUCUAGACUCUGUGAUUGCUGAAGCCAGGAACAAGGGAGUGAAGAUGAUUCUAACACUUGUAGACAAUUGGCAGGAUGUGGAUGGCAAGAAAACGUACGCUGGCUGGGCAGGGAAGAAGCCAGACGAGUUCUACACGGAUCCUACUAUGAAGUUGUGGUUCAAGAACCACAUCACCUACAUGGUCAAUCGGGUUAACAGCGUGUCUGGCGUGCGCUACGGUGAUGACGACUGCAUCUUCGCUUGGAAUCUCAUCAAUGAAGCAAGAUGUGACUGCGACAUACAUGCUCCGGACGAAUCCUGCGAUCCCCAAUGCACAGAAAACAUACAGGCUUGGUUCGAGGAGAUGUCAGACUUUUUGAAGGCUGUGGACCCAGUGCACAUGGUCUCCACUGGACAGGAGGGUUUUUACGCCCUCGCAAGCGGACGCCAGUCGGUUAACCCGGACCUUUAUGUUGGUCUCCCUCCGAACGAGUACUGGGCGUCCCAGUCGGGACAAGACUUCAAGAGGAAUCACGACAUGCCCGGAAUGGACUAUGCCACCAUCCACUCCUGGCCAGACAACUGGGGGUCUCCGACGGUUGAUUUUCAAGACCAGUGGGUGCGCGAACACAUUGUGGACACGGCUGCACUCGGGAAGCCUUUGGUGGUGGAAGAAUUCGGCAAAGCCGUAGAUGAGGACGACGAGGAAAUGAGGAGGAACGUGCGCCACCCGUUCCUCAACAAUAUGUACGACAUGUUUUUGUCUGAUAUGAACAACGACUCGGUUCUGAAAGGUGUUGGUUUCUGGGAAUUCGAUGCCAACAACGCUGCUGACCCUGGGACGUACGGCGUCCAAACGACCCACUCGGCGUGGACUGACAUUAUCCUUCCCAAGACUCAGGAUCUGAUGAACAUUGUCGCCGCUCUUCCGCUGGUGGAGAACUGCGCCCCAGGAGCGAUACGCGCCCAGGAUGCCCUGGUUAUGGACGCCCCCUCUGAUUCGUACUACAUCAGUGCCGGAUUAAACAUAUUGGACGUCACUGAAGGCGAGGAGAUUUCUUCCAGGUCAAACGUGGCCACCGCGAGGCAGUGUGCCAAGCUGUGCGAUGCUAACGUCGCGUGCAGAUCCUUUGCUUAUAACCCCACCAAGGAUGGCGGUUCAUGCUCUCUAAAGCGCCAGGUGCCAAAAGUAGAUGGCUCGGGCGGCGGGAGCUGGAACUCCGAUGGCUGGCAGACGUUUCGCAGGAAGCGAGGGGGCGAGUCCUGCUCCCUCGAUGGCUGCCGGCUCUGCACAACCGACGACAUGUGCCUGAAGUGCGAGAACGGCAAUUUGCUGUUCAGAUCUUCGGACGGCACUCUGGAUUGCAAGCCAUGCGACACGGUGCAGGAGGCGCUCCGGGCGAACAGAGGGGAAUGCCAGGGGCCAGCUGCCGGAAAGGACGUUAUGGUGGCUCCCAACGCUACCGUGGCGGGUACCACAGAGCCGACGAUCGUCGAUGCAAUCAGCGCCAAUGCCGGAUAG